UCUGCCAAAAAUAAAAGUCUCCACGCUGACAGAAACAAAAGCAUUCCAACGAUAUUGGAAAAAGCAUCAACAUGACCUGACUUGGGAGAGACAUGAAACACUGAAGGCAUCAUUCCUGAAUUAUUUUUACACAUUCCAUCAUGGGUUCCUCGGCGGCUGCAGCCCGAGCUCUCCGGCUCUCUGCGCGCUGCGCCCGGGCUCUGCCGGCGGUACAGGCCGGUACGGAGCUGCGCCACCGGGCCUCUGCUGACAGAAGAAACAUGACCGUCCAGGCGGCCGCUGAGCCGGGGAAGCUGAAGAGCAUCGACGACCUGCCCGGACCCAGUCUGUGCACCACUCUGUACUGGUUGUUCGUCAAAGGAUAUGCGGACAAGAGCCACUUACUGCAGGGUGUGCAGAGGAGCCUUUACGGGCCCAUCUGGCGCUCCAGGUUCGGCCCGUUUGACAUCGUGAACGUGGCGUCUCCGGAGCUCAUAGCUCAGGUGAUCCAGCAGGAGGGCCGCUACCCGUCCAGAGCCGAGCUGCCUCACUGGAAGGAGUACCGGGACCUGAGAGGACAGGCCUACGGGCUGCAUGUGGACACGGGACCGGAGUGGUACCGGAUCCGCAGGGCCCUGAACCCCAAGAUGCUGAAGCUGCACGAGGUGUCGGCCUACGCCCCCAUCAUCCACCAGGUGAUCGGAGAUCUGCUGCGCCGCGUCGAGUUCCUCCGAAGUCUCAGCCAGGACCAGGUCACCGUCUCAGAUAUGGCUUCUGAGCUCCACAAGUUUGGCUUUGAAGGUAUCUCCUCCAUCUUGUUUGAGACCAGGUUGGGCUGCCUGCAGGAGGACAUUCCCCCGGACACGCUGCGCUUCAUCACCGCCGUCAAUGAGAUGCUGACGCUGUCCGAGACCGUGCUCCUCCUCCCCCGCUGGAGCCGCCGCGUCCUCCCCUUCUGGAGGCGCUUCGUUCAGGCCUGGGACGACCUCUAUGACGUAGCUCGGUCCCUCGUCGACAGGAGGAUCGCUGAGAUUGAAGCUCAGGUGUGCAGCGGCGAGCCGGAAGGGGGCAUGUACCUGGCCUACCUGCUGUCCUCUGGCACGCUGACCAGAGCCGAGGUCUACAUCAGCCUCACGGAGCUGCUGCUGGGAGGGGUGGACACGACCUCCAACACCCUGUCGUGGGCCUUGUACCACCUGGCGAGGGACCGCGGGGUCCAGGACCGCCUGUACGGGGAGGUGAGCUCCGUGUGUCCCGACAGACGGGAGCCAAUCACAGAGGACCUGAGCAGGAUGCCGUACCUGAAGGCCGUGAUAAAGGAGACGUUACGCCUUUAUCCCGUGGUGCCUGGAAACGGACGCUUUGUCUCGGAGGACGAGGUGGUUGUCGGGAACUACUGGUUCCCAAAGAAGACUCAGUUCCAUCUGUGUCACUACGCCACCUGUCAUGAUGAAGAUCAGUUCGUAGACGCGGAGCUCUUCGCCCCGAAGCGCUGGCUCCGCGCUGAGGCGCCGGGCUCCGUCUGUGGCAGGGCGGCGCUGGGCUUCUACCGCCAUCACCCGUACAGCUUCCUCCCCUUCGGGGUCGGCGUGCGGGGCUGUGUGGGGAAGAGGGUGGCGGAGAUGGAGAUGUUCUUCGCUCUGUCCAGGCUCAUGCAGCACUACGAGGUCCAGCCUGAACCCGGCGCUCCGGUCGUGGAGCCUAAAACUCGAACCCUGCUCAUCCCGUCGAAGCCCAUCAACCUGCGCUUCCUGCCCCGAGCCUGAGGAGGGCGCCGCUGAGGCUCAGCAGCGCCUCCUUAACGAUGAUCAGCGCCACAGGCUGCAAACAAUUGAUCACAGGUCCUACAGGUGUGCAGCUCCUGGUUCUUUGAGUGAAGGAGCUGCACACGUCUGCACGUUCUUCUAGUAUCACUGAAUGAACACCUUAGUGUAGCAGGAUGUGGGAGGCGGCCUCUGGUUGUUGUCCUGUAAGUAUAUUCAGCACACAAAUCCUUUAUUUGAAUGAAUAACAUGAGGACAGAAACUAACGCUUCAAUGUGUCCUCCAUUGUUUAACUUCACUUCUCCUUUUUGCACAGAUUUGUUUAUUUUUGUUGCUUAUUCGUGAUUUCAUAACUCUAUUAUUUUAACGUAGCCAUCGGCUGAUGUGACAGAGCUGGUUUUACAUUAAACAGAAGCGAGUUUUAUUUACUGUUGAAUUAAUCUUUAGGUCACUGCUGUAUUUGAACAUGAACUUAACUUUAAGAAGGUUGGAGGACGAGAGGAAACGAGGGAAGGAAAGGAGGCUGUAAAAGCAGUGAAGAAGUGGAAGCUCUGCACCAAACAGAGACUCUGAAGAGUCUCCGUGUGUUCACUUCAAUGCUAACUCGUAUGUGGAUGUAUGAAGUGGAACCCUCUGUGAACCAUAAUCUCUGUGUGAUAUUCUCAUGACUCAAAUAAAAGUACAACUCUGCUCUCUGGGAUUGACUGCAUAUAUGUCGUCAUUGUUGCUAAAUAAAGUUUGUGUAGAAGACAUGCAGGCCGUACUCCAUUUCUGGUCCAAACUUGUUUUUAUUGAUCUGAUUCCAGUGUAGUGUUGCAGGAAUCAGAUGUUUGCACAUUGACGUGGUUACUGGUGAACAUGUACCAGAGAAUAUGAUAAACAGUAUAGGAUGCUUCUUUAGUCUUAAUAAACCCUGCACCACCAGGCUUGUCCUCAACGUGUGCUUAUUAUUUUGAAGUUCAAACAUCUCCACUUCCGGUGGUCCUAACCUUGAGUAGCUUGACGCCGCUCAUCUCAUGCGUCAGCCACGCGCGCUGCAAAAGAUGUAAACGUUCAGGAGACUUUCCUCUGCACAGAGAGCAGAAACACAGAGUUCUCCUCAGGUAUUUAAAUAAUACCAAUUAAUAAAUAAAUGCAGUAUGUAGCAAAAGUAGUGUGUCAUUCCACUGAUGCAUGUAUGCAUGUUGAACAUCAUAUGUGUGAAGUCAUAAUAAAGAGCGUGCUGAUAUUGUGGGAUGUCUUUUAGACCUCAGCCUCUAGGAGCCGCUGCGGAAUGUG